AUGGUGCCAGGACCUCAGUCGCUCCCUACGCGGUUUCCGUGUUGGUGCAGAGCCGUCUACUCAUGGGGAGGGGAAUCGCAACGAGACCUGGGAUUCAUCGAAGGAGAUCUGAUAGAAUGUCUGAACGCAGGAGACGGGUCUUGGUGGACGGGGAGGCUGCGGCGCAACAAGACUGUCGGCGUCUUUCCAUCCAACUUUGUCGAAGUCUUGCCCGAUCACUUCCGACCCGUCACCAAAUCAACGAGUCCUCUGCCUUCGAGUAACACACCGAGUCCCACCGGCACAGUACUGAAGGCCAAAUCGAAGCCAUUCCGGAAACCUUUCGAAGCAUAUUCCAAGGCGCCUCACUACACGACAGCCAAACAGCCCGUGACCUACAAAGAGGGGUCGAAUCCGCCGCCGAGACAGAACUCUACGAGUUCGUUCCGAAACAAUGCUCACAGCAAUAUAAGUCGCGUGCCUUCGCCGCCCGAGACUCGAGGCUAUGGCUCAAGAGUCCCGUCACCCGCGCCUCCCAUGGAGUCCUAUAACUCCAGAGCGCCGUCUCCCGCUCCUCCCACGCACUCUUAUAAUCCGAGAGCCCUCUCUCCUGCGCCGUCCAUGCACUCUUAUAAUCCGAGAGCACCCUCCCCAGCGCCCCCAAUGCAUUAUAACCAGAGAGCACCCUCUCCCGCGCCACCCAUGCACUCUUAUAAUCCAAGACCACCCUCUCCCGCUCCUCCACAGACGCUGGGUUAUGGUCACCGAGCACCAUCGCCAGCUCCCCCUCCGAUACACUACUACGGACAUAGGACACCCUCACCUGCUCCGCCAUCAAUGCACUCUCACAUAUCGAGGUCACCUUCUCCAGCUCCGUCCUUUAAACCAUACCGCCCAGGAGCUGAGCGUGGUUCACCUCCCCCGCCUCCCCCGCCACCUCAUCGCAACCUCCUGAACAGGGGUAACUCAGGCGCUUCGUAUCAAGAUAAUCCUCCUCAGCAAGGUUACCAUACACCACGGGUGCCAUCGCCAGGUCCUGAAACCCCGGGCGUGGCCGGCUUCACACCCUCGCCUCUACGGGAAGCCAUGGACGGCGUGAUAGAACAACUGGAUGCUUUAGGUAUGCCGCGUGACAGUGAGUCCUCCGAGCCAGCAGCAUUUGAUCCUUGGUCACCCGAGUCUUUCGAUCUCGUCCAUCGCCAAUCGAGGAAAAAAGCUCAGGCGAGACCGCAGACGUCGAUGGGUGUCGCACUCCAAGAUUCUGGAUAUGAAUCGUAUGGUGGUGAAACGUCGCAGGAGAACACGAUUCAUAGUGGUCACCGAGAGGAGCCGCACCUUCCGCAGCUGAGCAACUAUGUCGAAAGAAUGGAGAGCCGACUACGGAAAAUGCACACGGCCAGCUCGAGCGUGGGUGUCGUUGAUCACGUGGGUGUCACUGACCAUGAUAUGGGCCCGCCGCCGCUUCCACCACUCAAGAACCUACAGAAUCGACCAAAAUCAUCCAUGGGUGAACCCUCUCAGGCAGGCCGGAGUCUUCGCAAACAGAAGUCGUCCUACGAAGUGGGACACCUGGGUCGGACAUUUACGACGAAAACGAACUCGACCAAUGCUUCCUCGGGCAAUCGUAGCACCGCCACCGCCAGCAGCACUAACACUCAGAGUACCAACCGAAGCUUGAUGAGCGGUGUCUCGGCCAGUGGAAUCAGUGCCACAAGUGCCGGGAGCCUAGCAAGGAAGAAUCUGCGAGCGCGGAGUGCUUUGGGAUUCCGGGAGGCUGAUGAGGACUUGGAUCUGAAUCGUCCAACUACACCAUUCAGUGGUGUGUCUUAUCACCCGAGUCACUCGACAUCUGCCAUGAGACCCAAGUCCCAAGCCGGCUUCAAUGACGACGGCAUUGCGGCAAUUGGUGGUCUCGUGCAGCCAGGUGGGAUCAAACCGAAGAAGUCCAACUUCAUCAAGAGGAUCCUCGAGGCGACAAAGACAGGAGUUGCUUCAGGCCGCAGCAGUAUAGCGACAGGGGCGGGAUCUGUGCCUUCGUCACCAGGCGCUCGGAUGAUGGGCAACGGAGUGACAUCGAUCGCAGGAGGUCCCAGCACCACGAGCCUGGUGAGGGAUGCCGCUCGCGACAUGGGACUCGGCAAUGGCGUGGAUUGGGUGCAGGUGCGACGAGACGUGAACAGAUCAAAUACACUGAGCAAGAACGAGCGCGGUGAACGGCGUGACCGCUGUCAGAUGCUGGACUAUCCGGCAAUUGACCCUGUCGAUGAGCUUUACGAGAGUGUUGAAGGCGACGAGGGAGCCGAUGGAAUGCCUGUGCGAGAGCCAGUCAACUAUCAGGUCAUCAAUCUGAGCCAGGUCGACAAGAACUCGCGUUUCAUCAGCAGCAUGCCACCAAUGACGACGGCGGUGACUCUCGCAACCAACUACGUUUGCCGGCCCUACAGGAGCGAGGUGCAGCGUCUUCGUGCCAUCUUCACCUGGGCCGCCGAGAAGAUCAACUGGGAAGAAGACUUUGAGGGCGAAGUCGACACUCGACGAGUGAUCCAGACCAAACGGGGAUGCGCCGAAGAGUAUGCCGUUCUUGUACAUGAGAUGUGCGCAGCGAUUGGCAUCCACUCGGAGAUCAUCCGUGGUUAUCUGAAGACGCCAGGUGAAGUGCCUGAGACCAGCAUCAUGCCGCGGUCUAAUCACUGGUGGAACGCCGUCAUCAUUGACAACGAGUGGCGCAUGAUGGACUGUUGUCUGGCGAGCCCUUCCAAUCCUCGCCGCGCUCAAUACUCGAGCGCCGGCAGCGGGGCCGCAGAUCCCUGGUGGUUUCUCACCAGUCCGAUAGAGCUGUGCUGGACGCAUAUUCCCGAACAUCACGGUCAACAGCAUGUCUGUCCACCAGUGGCUCACGAGACGUUACUCAAUUUACCGUGUGCCUGCCCGCCCUUCUUCAAGAACACCAUCGCCAUGGUUGACUAUAAUACGUCGCUUACUCGAAUCGAGGACCUCGAGAUGGUGCACAUCAAGUUCAGUGUACCUCCUGACGUCGAAGUGGCUGCCGAGGUCGAAGUGCGGGCCUACACUCGCGACUCCGACGGCGACUUUUUCGAGAGUGGCGACGUGGUCAAAAAGCGGGCACUUGCGCAAGCGGAGUGGUUCAACGGCACGAAGCGUUACACGGUCAAGGGCCUCCUGCCGGGUGACGAGGGCAAUGGUAGACUGAAGGUGUAUGCCGGCAAGCGUGGGCUCAUGCACAGCAUCAAAGACAUACCGCAUCCACUCGCAUUUGCGUUGCCGAUCAUCCAUACGGGCGAGAACCCACCGUACGAGUUCGUGACGCGCCAUCCGACGCCUCACGCGCAACGUCACGAUAUCUACGUCGUCCAGCCACAGUGUCAACGGCUCGCUCUGAACAACACAUUCGUUUUCGCGAUCCGACAGCACCCAUCCGCCAGCGCCACAGGCCCCAGCAGCAACCCAGGCGGCACGAGUCCGCUGCCCUUUUUGCGGCCGGGCAGUGCUAUGAGCAUGGCCAGCAGCGCACCUAGUUCGGCGACUGGCAGCAUCCAGGGCAAGAAGCCGGCCAAGCUGGCGAUCCAGACCCCGGGCGGCAAGAUCCUGCGGCUGAUGCGCAAGGAGGAACGGCGCGGUGUUGGUGUUGGCGGGCGCGGCAUCGACAUGGGCGGCGGCGGCGAGGACGAGGUCAGCGACGGCGGCACGUGGGAGACCAUCAUCAAGUGCUCGGAGCGCGGUGUCUGGCGCGGGCUCGUGCUCGCCGACCGCACGGCUCGGUGGUGCGUUUUUGCGGAGUGGGUUUGCAUGGGGUGA